ACUGCGAUUAACGUUUGUAGGUCUACUGAGCAUGCGCAGAGCCGCUGGUCGCCUUAUUUCCAGACAUCAUCACUGGCUCAAUUGAACAUCAUCCUGAGAGAGGGGUUUCUUUCUUUAUUCUUCUGCGCUCUUUCAUCGCUUCCGCUGCUGCGGUGUCAAACAACAGCACGGAGGGAGUAGAAGCCAUAAGAUGAAGAAACGUUAUGUGGACGCGAACAGGCUCCGGAAAAUGAAAAAACUGAAAAUAACCGAGAAGCUGUCUGAAAGUGCAUACACCUUCCUGAAGUUUGUUAUGAUGUGGGCACUGGUGCUGAUGGCAGAUUUCAUCCUUGAAUUUAGACUGGAGUACCUAUGGCCAUGCUGGCUCUUCUUUGGGAGUGUAUACACCACUUUCCACUGCCACGGGCUGGUUAUUUGUGUUGUUUUUGUUUGUGCUGCCUUUACUCUUGACAUCUUUUUUUUAAUUUUUGUUCCUUUGCACUGGCUGUUUUUUGUGGCCAGCACCUAUGUAUUAUUCAAUUACAUAUGGCACACAGAGAAGGGCAUCUGUUUAUCGACAGUGUUCCUGUGGAUUCUUCUUGUGUACACAGAGGCGUCACUUCGACUCAAAGACCUUAAAACCUCUCACGCCAAUUUGUCUCAUCUGUUUGCUGCACACUGUAUUGGAUAUCCUGUAGUGUAUCUGGGGUUUGAUGCCACCUGUUACUUCACCAACAUCUUUAAGCUGCGCAUACAGAAAGCUGUGCAGAGUGAGAACGAUUUCCACAUGCACCUCCUGCAGCACUCGCUCCCACCAGGCCUGCAGGUUUACCCCAAGACUGGCACAGAUAGUAGCAGCAACUCAAAAUGGAAGGUAAAGCCUGAUUUGAGUCAAUAUCAGUGUCAGAAUGGCACUGUAGUGGCCCAUGAAGAAGUACACACAGUGGACUGCCUCCAGAUCUGCAGUGAGGACAGAGCGACAGAGAAGGGAACCCUGGAGGUGAGGCCAACGGAAGCAAACCGGCGGCCAUCUUCAUCCAAAUACAGUGUCAGUGAGUCCAGAGAUCUUUUCCACAGUGGGGCAGGAAGACCUGAAUCCUCUACAACCCCAGAUCAUCUACCUCAAGAGGAACAGGGAUGCAAAACCACACGGGUGGCUAAAAACUCCUCACCAAAAGCUCGCAGAAGCAGCACAAACACAUCCUCGCCACCUGCAGGGAGGACUGAGAAGAAACAGCGAUCCAGCUCUAAAACAGUCAGCCCCAACCGGGACGUGCCAGAGAAGAGUACCACAGCAGCUCAGAGUUACCACACUGAGCAAAUGACAAAGCUGGAGCAGGAGCUGCGGAGGCUGAAAGGUGAGCUGCAAGCAAGUAGGCAGAGUGAGCAGGAGCUGCGGAGUCACAUCUGUAACCUGACCAACAAUGAGAGGAGCCUGAGACCAGAGGUUUCUCUGCUCAGACAGUCCAACAUGCUGCUUCAGAGCAAGAUUCUCUGUCUGACUAAAACCAAGCAGCGGGACAAACAGACUAGUGCUAUGCUGGAGAAAAAGACCAGAGCAGAGAUGGAUGCCAGACUCUCUAUUGAGAAACAGUUGGCCGAACUUCACGUCCAGAAACUAGAGGAGGCAGCCAACACAGCACGGAGUCUAACAAACAGGCAGGAACACACUGAAACCCAAAUGUUAAGGAAAAGGGUUAAAGAUCUAGAGACAGAGUACAAACAACUACAGCUGGAGUAUCAAGUGAAAGAGAGUCGUGUGGUAGAUCUAGAGAAUGAUGUUGAGGCUUUGGCAAAGUACCGCAGCAUGGAGAAAGAGACAGACAUGCUGCUGUCCACCCUGUCAGCUAUGCAGGAGAAAGCUCAGCAUCUGGAGUACAACCUGAGUGCUGAGACCCGCAUCAAACUGGACCUGUUCUCAGCUCUGGGAGACGCCCGUAGACAGCUGGAAAUCGCUCAAGAUAAAGUGAUGAAGCAGGAUCAGGAGAUAAGUGAAAUGAAGCAGAAGAUUGCGGAGGUGAUGGCCGUCAGCCCCAGUGUGUCUUACAUGGCUCCUCGGCCCCCAGUGCCACAGUAUCUCACCAAGCUGCUCAACUCUGAGCGCUAUAUGCUGAAUCCACGAGCACUGAUGUACCAGUGUCUAAAGAAAUAAAGGAUGUCAGAUGUUCAGAGUCCUGGGACCUCCUCAUCACACACCUCCACCAUAAACAAGGAGAGGGAGGACUUUAAUGGAUCAAACUGACACCACAACGUCAUCUGCUUCCAACAGUGAGUGGAAUCAUAGCGAGCCUCCACAAAUUGAAUGCCUUUAGCUGCACUAAUGGUGCUAACUUCGCCAUUCUGUAUAUUUCCUGUUUCCACCUGCAAGAGUUGAAGAGUUUCACUCCAAAAUAAGAUACCUGAUAUGUAGAGCUGCUGUAGGCACAAUUUUGAUGUAAAGUCACACACUCGGCCCAACAGCAAAACCAACUGAUUAGUAUGCAACAGGGAAAAGCACAAAUAGUUCAGACACUGCAAAUCUAAUUAAUGAAAAUCUGAUGCUGGUUUGGAUAAAAUAAUGUUUCCUGAACAACCACAUACGCUUUGAACAAAGCUGGAGCUCAUGGAUCCGACUUUCUCAAAAAUCAGAAGAUUUCAGAAUAGUAAGCAUGAAUUUAUUUUGAAAUCAUGUCACAUGAUUUCUCGUUAUUUAAGCUCAAAUUUUAAAGUAGAUAAAUAUUCAACAGACCCUACAGAAGCGCAUUGCAUUCAUCAAAGGGGAAAAAAAUGUAGGAUCUUAACGCGUAAUUACAGCUUUCUAUCACAAUUAUAAGAUCUCUCAUAAUUAUGUAAUGACUUACCAUCUCAUAAUUAUGAGAAAAGAUCUCACGAGAUCAGGUUGUCAUAAUUACAAGAUAAUGUGGGGGUUGGUACACUGCAGAACUUAACUGAAAAUCAUCAGGUUUGAAAGAAUUCUUUAGUAUCUAAGUAAUUAAGUGAUAGUUGUCAGUGCAUCCAAUGGUGCAUAGCAAAAGUAAUAGUUAACUCUGCAUAUAAACAAAUAUAGGCUACAAAUGGGCUUCAGUGAUGCUGCCUACAGUGUAACUCACUAUAGACAUAACAGGAGCUAGAAAGUUUCAGAACCUGCAUGAAAAGCACUUGGGUGUUUUUUUUCCCCAGUAGGCUAUCUAUGUAGUUCUGAUGGCACAUAGAACAGUAGGUAGUAAAAUGAACCGCUGCUAGCCGAUUCAGCCUGCUUAGUGCUCCAAGACAUAGAAACAAGUAUAGCUUAGGCUAAAAAUGGCACCCACAUUGUAACCCGCUGUAUUCAUCGCAACACUAUGUAGCCUAUAGCCUACUUCCUGUUUCUUGUCAAAGUUUAUCUGUUCACACAAAUCAUGUCUAUUAAUGUUUAAUGCUUUGUUAUAAAUAUGAGAUCUGGAAAUCAGGAUCUUGUAAUAGACUAGGUUAUGGUUGCUGUUUAAAAAGACAGGAUUUAAAGGCUACCUGAUUUAACUGUCUAGAGCUUAGAGGCUAUGAAUGAGCUUAAAUAUCAAUUUUAUCUUUUUUUUUUUUGCAAAGUAUUUUGGAAAAUGUCAAAAAGUAAAUCAUGAACUGAUCACACUUUUACAAGAAACUAAGUCUGUUGUCAUAGAUACAAGUUACUGUGGCAGCCCACUUGGGCAAUGUUUUAGCUUAUAUUUGUUUACAUUUUGGAACAUUAGGUAUGCCGAAUUAACUAUUAACUGUUCAUUUUUGUCAUGUGCUAUUACCUAAUACUGAAGAAAUUUUAAGAGCCUGGUACAUGUAGUGACUUACAGGCAGCACCUAUAUUUGUUUACAUUUUGGGACUGAUUCAGCCAUUUAACAGUUCACGUUUGCUAUGCAUCACUGGAUGCGCUGACAACUACGCUCACAGAAUUACUAAAGAAUUUGUUAAUCUGAUUUUCAGGUAGGUUCUGUAGCGUUCCAACCACCUGACACGUAAUUAUGAGAGUUAUAAUUCCGAGGUAAGCUCCUUCAGCUGGUUCUCUUUGGUGAAGUCAAUGCACUUCCAUAGGACAGAGUAACAGGUUACCUAAUGCAGCUUUAAAACACCUAUUUACAACUCUGUACAAUGUAGUUCCUGGUUUGAAAGUAAA